AUGGGGAACUGCCUGCGACACGACAAUGGCCUUGCCGGAGAAGAGAAAAACGAUCUUGAACCCGAGUCGCCGGUUAAGUUAUGGGAAGAAGAAGUGAGUCGCUGUGAGGAAGAAAGUGAAAGCUUAAUGAAAGGAGAAUCUAAGGUGGUGAGGAUCAAAGUCGUCGUGACAAAAGAAGAGCUUAGACAAAUCUUGGGUCACAAGAAAGGUUUCAGCUCCAUUCAACACUUGGUUCAUGUUCUCAAAGAUAGUGGGAGAAACAUCUCCAGGGUUUAUGAAGAAGAAGAAGUAGAACUAGGUGGUGAAAACUGGAGGCCUACGUUAGAAAGCAUUCCUGAGAAUCAUUAUUGA